AUGACUGCUGUCGUAGCCGGAACUGGUCAAAACCCCCAUCCACUCCUCGAUAACAAUGAGGAAAAGAAUAGGUAUGUCGUACGAUCUAUAUCUUGGUUAUCCGCGUCAUCUGGCCGCGUCUUGAUUGUAACCGAGCGCUUUGCUGAUGCGUUUCGCCCACGCGUUUCCAGUGUUGUCGUCAAAGUUGGAAUGGUUGGGGACUCUCAGAUAGGGAAAACUAGCUUGAUGGUGAAGUACGUCGAAGGGAGCUUUGACGAAGAUUAUAUUCAGACGCUGGGCGUCAAUUUCAUGGAAAAGACCAUCUCCGUGCGACGAACCACGAUCACCUUUUCCAUAUGGGAUCUUGGAGGUCAAAGAGAGUUUGUCAACAUGCUACCAUUGGUGUGCAAUGAUGCCGUCGCGAUCUUGUUCAUGUUUGAUCUCAGCCGCAAAUCGACACUUAACUCUGUCAAGGAGUGGUAUCGCCAAGCGCGGGGCUUCAACAAG